CCAGCGUUUGUCCUCCAGAGGGCGCAGGCCAGGGGAGGCUCCACAGAGCGACCGCACUCACUCCGCUGCUUGCCUCGUACCAUGAGCUGAAUCUGUCCGGGUACAGACCAGGGAACAUGGCGGCCACUGACCAUUCCCGGUCCGAAGCUGCCAAACAGCGACGGCAGGAUCAGCUCCAGCGGUGGCUAGGCUCAGAAACGGACCGGACGGUGUCUGAGGCCCGGGAAACUUCGGCUGGCUCCGGUGGGACGCGGCGGGCAAAAGUACGGUUCGCCCAAGGGGCUGUGUUUAUGGCCGCUUGCUCCGCCGGAGACCGGGAGGAGGUGACGGCGCUUCUCCGGCAGGGAGCUGACAUCAACCAUGCCAACGUAGACGGGCUGACAGCGCUUCACCAGGCCUGCAUCGAUGAAAACGCUGAGAUGGUUCAGUUCCUGGUGGAAAACGGGAGCGAUGUGAACCGAGGGGACAAUGAGGGCUGGACUCCUCUGCACGCUGCUGCUUCCUGCGGCUUCGUUCAGAUCGCCAAAUACCUGAUAGAGCACAGCGCUCGUGUUGGAGCGGUUAACAGCGAAGGAGAACUUCCUCUGGAUGUUGCUACAGAAGAUGCCAUGUAUAGACGUGGACAAAGCGAGAAAGGAGGAGGAGAGGAUCAUGCUUCAGGACGCCAUGGCAAUGCAGGAAGGAGGCGGGACUCUGAUUCCUCACCCAAACACAAAGGCCACAGCUCUGCACGUUGCUGCUGCCAAGGGUUACAUCGAAGUCCUGAAGGUACUGUUGCAAUGUGGUGUGGACGUGGACAGCACGGACACCGACGGGUGGACGCCGCUGCACGCUGCAGCUCACUGGGGCCAGAAGGAGGCGUGCAACCUGUUCGUUGAGCACAUGUGCGACAUGUGUGCUGUCAACAACGUGGGACAGACGCCUUUAGACGUUGCAGACGAGAACCUCGUGGACACUUUGGAGGAGCUGCAGAAGAAACAGAAUGCUCUCCGCAUCAAGAAAGAGAAGCAGACUCCUGUUAUAGAGACCAGUUCACAUGUCUCCACGGUACCAGCUCGCACACGCAGGACUUCCAUCUGUCGUAUGAGCAGCAGGGAGAAGAUCGGCCUCCACGAGCGGGAGAAGCACCCACCUCCCGCCCUGCAGAACACUCCGACAGAGGACGAGGAGGAGGACGGGCAGACGGGACAGAGCCAGCCCAAAGCCUCCAGCAGCUCCAGCUCGGAGGAGGAGAGCGAGUCUGAGAGCGACACAGAGUCAACUAAAAACCGGGAAAUCAUCAACAACUUGAACAACAAACGAAACACCACCAGCCUGCUUUCUACCUCCAUGUCAGCGAACACCGCUGCAAGCCAAGUGAAAAAGGAACCAUGCAAGCCCCCAGCCCCUGAAGCCCCUGGCUCAUGGAGAACGUCUCUGAGGAAGGCGGGCAGCUCUGUUACUCUGGGCUCCGUCGGACUCGCCGACUCCAACCAGGACUCGAACAGACCUGCCGAGUCUGGCCUAGGAAUGACCCGCUCUGCUUCCAGCCCCCGCCUCAGCUCUGAGGCCGACUCAAAGGAACCGAGGCUCGCUCGAGUCCCACCCAUUCCAACACGAAGACCCUUUGGUGUUCCAGACAACACUCCUGAUAAUUCAAACAGCUGGCUGAGUCGUAGCUCGUCUUACACCCGGCGGCUUCAUAGUCAGUUAGGGAAUGAGUUCACUAGUUCCACUCCAUCUUUGCUUCACAGUUCGUCUUAUAGGAGGAGACUGGACGACAACGGCGUGACCUCGGCGAGCACAGGAACAGGACUCGGCCGCCCUAAUACCACCUCUGGGCAAAGACUUCCUCAGGAACAGACUGAAACAAAGGAUGUGUUGUCCAUCAACACCUCCAACUCAGGCGAUCAGGAGACCAAACAGAGACGAAAGUCGUACUUGACCCCGGUGCGGGAUGAGGAAGCGGAAGCGCAGAGAAAAGCUCGCUCCCGACAUGCUCGGCAAUCCCGACGCUCCACUCAGGGGGUGACGCUCACAGACCUGCAGGAAGCAGAGAAGACCAUUAAAACCAUGACGACGGACAACAAGGGGAGAGAGAAGAAGGAGGAAGAAGAGAAGGAGGUGAAGCAGAAGAAAGGAGAGGAAGGGGAAGUGAGCUGGAGGUCUCGUAUUGCUAAUCUGCAGAAGUCUGACCUGCUGGGCCUCACACAGCCUGCUGGUUCUCCUCGCUCUCAGUCUGACAGGAGAGAGGCUGAGGCUAGCACAGGAGAGAGUGAGACGGAGCGAUGGACCAGAGAACGCAGGGAGAGGAGGCAGGCUCGGGCCAAUAGGAAGGUGCAGAGGACCGGGGAGAGUGAAGAUAAUAAUCCAAGUGAAGAGGAGUUCUCAGGAGGUGGACUGGAUCCACAGAAAGACCAGCACACAAGUUCCAGCUUGGACUCAUCCUGUAACGAUCGGUCCCAGGCAACAGGAGCAGACGCUAAAGAUUUUAAGAAGCUGUUUGAGGAGGUGUCCAGAGAAAACACUCAGCUCCAGGCUCAGCUGCAGGACACUCAGAGAAUUGUCAGUCAGACCCGUUUGGAGCUGGAGAAGGCGACUCAGAGACAGGAGCGCCUAAGUGACUGUUCAGCCCUGCUGGAGCUGGAGAGAAAGGACCGGCGGAUGUUGGAGCGGCGCAUGGCAGAACUGGAGGAGGAGCUGAAGGUUCUGGUCGACCUGAAAGCAGACAACCAGCGUCUAAAGGAUGAAAAUGGAGCGCUAAUCCGGGUCAUCAGUAAACUUUCCAAAUAGAUGGAGGAUUGACCACCAGGGAAUCCCCUCUCCCCCUUCAUCUGUCCAGUUUCCCCUCUUCUUCUUCCAUACAUUCCUCCCAGUGCCAAAGACAGAGUGGGGGAGAGGAGCAGCACCAGCACUACAGCUCGACUUGGAUUGUGAUGCCUCUGUGUGAACAGCUGAUGUCUUUGUGUGCCUUUAACGAUCAUUUGCCAAAGGGUGGCUGCGACCUUGUGUCAGAAGGAACACCAGCGUGCACACACAGUCCCAGGAGUGCGUUCGUGUGUCUUUGAUCAUGUAAACGCUCAUGAUAGAUUGAGUCUUACAGCAUCCACUUUGUAUUGUUUUUUUGUGAACACAGUCACAAAACAAGUUAUGUUUUUCCCAGCUGCCUUUUAUUCAGCAUCAGGGGGGUUCCAUGAUGAAUUUCUGUUGGGUUUGUUUUUCACCCGCAUACGUUUAAACCCACCUACCUCUCCACCGAUGCACCCCCAGCACACACAGAUCUUUGCUUUUAUUCUUUUGUGAUGUUUUUUGUGACCACGGACAUAACUCCAUGCUCUUAAAAAUGAACCGAGGUCAGUGGACCACAGCACUUUACUCUUUGCAAAGCAAUAAAACCACCUGCAAGGUCUUCCCCCGUCCAGAAAGACGCCUUCAGUCCAGAGCUUCGUCUUCUCACAGCGGGGGACAAGUUUAAAGGUUGCACAGACAUGAGUCUUCUGUCCAGGCCAACUGCUAUGACUGGUUUUACUUGUUACCAUUGAUAAAUAUAUUUUCAUAGGUUUUCCAUUCAACUUGUCUUGUAAAGAAGCAUGGUUUUGUAUUUAAAUGUUAGGCUUUAAUAACACUCCUUGGAAGUAAAAAAAAAAUGUAGCCUUGCUCCACAUGUUGGUUUCUAAUAUAUGAAAUGGAUGUCGGCACCCUAAUAAAACAGGUUUUAUUGCA